UUCAAAAUUCCUGCAAAAGUGUAGACAACCUUGAUGCAAUAGAAGUAGAAUAAUUUUUGCGCUUCUGUGGAUGCUGAAUGUUUACAACGAACGCAAAGCAUUGGCAUGUUCCCUGAAAGACUCAAAGACAUCAAUUGAAGAGCUCAAUAGGCUUUCCUCUAGGCCGGCUCUGGUGAAAUGGAAGGGCAGAGAGCCGGCUCUGGAAGCUGCAGCUGGCUCUGGAAGCUGCAGCCGGCUCUACGGGCAAAAGUUUGAAGACUGUUGGUUGGCGCGCGCGGAGAAAAGACGCAAAGCUGGCUCUCGCUUUGAAGUCAGCUGUGAGGGUGCAUUUAAUGCACAACGGUCGAGUCAUUUGAAGAUUAUUAAUGUAUUUAAAGUCGGAGUUGCAAAGCCGGCUCAAAGUUUUGUAGCCGGCUCUCGAAAAAAACAGAAUGGUCUGCAAGCCCGGAUAGCCGGCUCUGAAAGUAGUGAUCUGAAGAGAGGAUCUUUGGGGUUUAAGUGUAAAGGGGUGAGAUUUGAGAGAAACCCUUCUUCUUGUAAAGGAUUGAGUGGCUCCUUUAAGCCACCAUUGUUUUUGCUAGUGGAGAGUGUGGAGGAAAUCCUUGCAAUCAUAUGUGUAUUUUUGGUCUACCCCUUUGAUGUCAAUGAUCGUUGUGUCAUUGAUGGAGUACAGAUGAUUGUUGAAGAGAUGAAUCUUCUGACAAUUGUCUUUUUGAAAUAUGACAAUGAGAAAAUAUACUAUCCAAAUGCUGUUUUGGCUACCAAACCAAUUGGCAACUUCUAUAGGAGUCCUGACAUGGGUGAUUCUAUAGAGUUUGCUGUUGAUAUUUCUAUUGGCAGAAGCUUCCAGUUUCAGCUGCGGAAUGAGUUCCGGUUGAGGCAGCCGGAGCUGUACAACCAAGCUGAUAAAGACCCAGCCAUGAUGGAGAGGGAGCAAGCCAAGCCACUAGCUCCUGCCGCAGACCGCCCUAGCAGCGACGAAGAUGAAGUCGCUUUAACUCUCAAAAAGCUCCGUUGCAGAAAAUUCAUCAGAUGUUGCGGGUGCGUUGUCGGCCUCCUCCUCAUCCAAGCCGUCGUCGUCAUAAUCCUAGCCCUCACCGUGUUCCGCGUGAAGGACCCUAUCAUCAAAAUGAACAGUGUUACUGUCACCAAGCUCGACCUCGUCAACAACAGCGGCACCACCCCCAUGCCCAAGCCCGGCUCCAACAUGACCUUAAUAGUCGACGUUUCAGUGAAGAACCCAAACGUAGCGUCGUUCAAAUACAGCAACACCAGCAUGACGCUUUACUACCACGGCAUGAUGGUAGGGGAGGCUCGAGGGCCACCGGGGCUGGCCAAGGCGCGGCGAACCAUGAGGAUGAAUAUCACUGUGGAUAUCAUUACCGAUCAGGGGAAGUUAAUAGUUGACUCUAAUGGUGAAAAUGACGCUGGUACUGCCAGUACCAUAGGAGCACUUUGGGAUCAUCCCUAUCAGCUUGCUUGUACAGCUCCGGCUGCCCCAACCGGAACUCGUUCCGCAGCUGAAACCUAACCAGCGGCAAUUAUUUGAUGAUGGAUUCCUAUGAAGAUUGCCGUGGUCCUCCCCGUUUUGAUCCAAGCCAGCUGGGUUUGCCAGGAGGUAAAAGAAAAAAAAAGAAAAGAAAAAAAGGCUGGAGGAAGGAGAAGCUGGGGAAGAAGACGAGGGUAUAUCAGUAAUUAAAAGUAAAAAAUUUAA